GAGUUCGUAGUGCGUUUUGGCCAACCACAACAUGUUAGAUCUGUAGUUUAAGUUUGGCGGUGUAAUGUUUGCUUCUUUGAUCUCUCUCAUUUCUUCGCCCCAUUUUUUCUUCCGCUUAGAUCUAAGAACUCUCUAUUCCAUUCUUGUUUUUUAUGCACUUACGAAUGUCAUCUAAUUAAGGCCUCACAUUUUGAAUAGAAGUAAUGACAAGGAGACAAGCAAGUUCCACGAGACGUGGUGGUGGUGGUGGUGGAACUUUUCCCCUUUCAGGAGUCUUGCAUUCCAAAUCAAAAUCUUCUCCUCUUUUCUCCAUAAUCCUUGUCCUUUUGGGAGCUUUUCUUCUCAUCGUUUAUGCUUGUGGUGGGUCUGGUUUAUUCGGAGGAAGGAAGAAUUUUGUUAGCAGAGUUGAAGGUGAUUCUUCAUGCACAUUUGAAGUUCAAAGUGCAUUUCCUGUUUUGAAGAAUGUAUAUGGUGACAACAUGAAAAAUGUUUUGCAUGUCGGCCCUGAGAGUUGUUCAGUGGUAUCCAUAUUGUUAAGAGAGGGGGAAGUUGAAGCAUGGGGUGUGGAGCCAUAUGACAUAGAAGAUGCUGAUAGGAACUGCAAGGCUCUAGUGCAGAAAGGCAUCGUACGCGUUGCGGAUAUAAAAUUCCCUCUACCAUACAGAGCAAAGUCUUUUUCACAUGUUAUAAUCUCAGAUGCUUUGGAUUACAUGUCUCCAAAAUAUUUAAACAAAACACUUCCUGAGCUAGUAAGGGUAUCUGCUGAUGGUGUUGUUAUUUUCGCAGGCUACCCAGGGCAACAGAGAGCUAAAGUAUCACAAUUAUCCAAAUUCGGACGCCCGGCGAAAAUGAGGAGUUCAUCUUGGUGGAAACAAUUUUUCAGUGAAACAAACUUCGAAGAAAAUGAAGCUGCUGACAAGAAAUUUGAGCAAGCUGCAUCAAAGAUGUCUUACAGUCCAAACUGUCAGAUUUUCCACCUGAAUUCAUAUAAGUGAUACGCUAUUUAGUGCAAAAUAUUGUCAAAUAGCGGCUAUAACCUCAUUAUAGCACUGUUUAUAGCGGAAUUUGUACAAACCGCUAUUUUCCGCAAUCCGCACUAUAAACAUGAUAGUAUAAUGUCAUCCAUCAUGCAGUUUUGUUUUAACCACUUAUGGACAAGCAUUGCCUGCUUGCUAAAAGAAUUGGCCGAAGUAGAAGUAAUUUAUAUCAAUAAUUUUCUUUAGUGGCUUAAA